AGCAAUGGUCCAACAAUUGGACGGUCAGGUUUCUUUCAAUCAGUCACCCAUCAUCACGCAGAGAGUGGGAGAGGGGAAGAGAGAAUGGAUACUCUUGCUGUUCUCGGGAGGAGCCCCUGCGCUCUAUCAUCCAAAACCCUUCAAUCUCGGAGCCACGGAGUCUCUUCGUUCCCCGGCGGCGCGCAAACCCUCUGCUUCCUCUCCCACCGCCACCUCGCUGCGCUCCCGCCGUCGCCGUUCCUCUCCCUCUCUUCCGGCCCCGCCCGCGCCAAAGCGGGCGACGGGAGGACCGUAACUGGCAUCUUUCUUCCCCACCUCGUCGCCGCCAUGAAGGAGGUCGAGGAGACUUAUAUCAUGGUAAAACCCGACGGUGUUCAACGUGGCCUGGUUGGAGAGAUUAUUUCUCGGUUCGAGAAGAAGGGAUUUUUGCUGAAAGGCUUAAAGCUUUUCCAGUGCCCCAAGGAGUUAGCUGAGGAGCAUUACAAGGAUCUGAAGGACAAGUCUUUCUUUCCCAAGCUGAUAGAUUACAUCACUUCUGGCCCUGUUGUUUGUAUGGCUUGGGAGGGUGUUGGUGUUGUUGCAUCAGCUCGUAAGCUUAUAGGAUCAACAAAUCCUCUUCAAGCUGAACCAGGCACCAUACGAGGUGAUUUGGCAGUUCAAACCGGAAGGAAUGUUGUUCAUGGAAGUGAUAGCCCUGAGAAUGGCAAGCGUGAAAUUGCCCUAUGGUUCAAUGAAGGUGAACUUUGUUCAUGGGUACCCGUUCAAGCACGUUGGCUUAGAGAGUAAUGUUCUAUCUAUUGCUUCAAGAAGCAAUUUGUGGGGCUGAUUAGCUCCAUUCUUUAGGAUCAUUCUUUAAGGUCAGUUUAUUCUUUACGGCAUGGUUUCAUGCAAUUCCAUUCUGCGGCUUGUAUGAAGGAGGCUAUAAUGACCUCAAUGAGGGCAUGAGAUAAUAAGUCUUUCAAUUCCAUGCUGCUUCUGUAUUAGCCUUAUCAUUGCAUUACCUCGAGCAAGAGUUGAGGCAACGGAAACUAUGAAUUCCUCCUUUGAGGCAGCUUGGCCUCAUCUUCACGCUGUGAAGGCACUGAUAUAUGCUUGAAUUAUUUUUGAAGUUUUAACAUUCA